CAACCACAGGGCCCAGCAGCUCUUUCAUCCGAAGCAGAACGUAUAGAUUUAAGCUGUACUUGCAGGCACAUUUAGAGAAGGCUGUUACAAACAAACUCGCUUCUAUUUUUACCAACUAAGAGAUAACGUCGACAUGACACACGGCAAAGAGAUGCAACUCUUGUUUCAUUUCACAUUGGUGCUGUCAGUCGUUGUGACCCCAGCUCUGAUAACCCUUGACUCAGACCAAGAGCUGCAGGACAGUGGGUUUGGUCGACCGCCGCCUCGCCACGGCCUCAAGUUGCUGGUUUGGUAUGUUCAGGACUGCAUGGACAAUAACAUGGUUGCUCUGUGUGAUCCCAUUCGAAGAGAGUACGGAUUUCACGAGUUCAAAAAUCGAGGGCCCAAGAGUCUGCUUCCGGUAAUUAAGGACAAAAAACAAUACAGCUACUACACCAUUGGAAACCUUAAUUCUCCUCAUUCCGAGGACCUACCAUAUGAUGUUAGACGGUACUACAACCGCAGCGACCCUGACAGCAACAUGGACAGAGUGUUGGUGAGAUACAACAAAAACAAUAAACACUUAGACCAAAUCUAUGCGUCUGCACAUUAUAACCCAAAAGAGACGUACAUAAUUGGCCCCAACCUUCUCGCCUCUCUUCGACACCCAGCAGUCCACAUUAGCAUAGAAAUGUGAUGUACUUCUGAUGUAAAAUCUCUCUCUGACAAUUUUAAUAGCUCUGUGAUUCUUUAAAAAAAAAAAACGGCGAUGGAAUUUUAAACAUGUUUGAACAAUCUUGAUUGACAUACAGUAUUUGGCUGCUGCUUUUCUUUGUAGUCAGAAUGCAAAAAAGUGCCAGAGUACUUUGAUGAGCUUAUUUUAAAGCCUUGCUAUGAGUCAGGAAUGUAACCCUGCACAGCCUCCCUGUCUGUUUAAUAUGUAAGU